AUGUGUAUCAUCUUCUUUAAGUUCGAUCCCCGUCCUGCAUCAAAAAAUGCAUACAGGCUCAUCUUGGCUGCCAAUAGAGAUGAAUUAUAUCAUAGGCCAGCCAAGAUUGCAGAUUUCUGGGGGAAUGGCAACGAGAUCCUCAGCGUAUUGCUUUGUCACCUAGGCAGUCUGGUUUCAAACUUCCUGACUGAGAGACUGGACAGCUUCUCUUACCUGAAGAAAGUCUCUUCUGAAGGGCACUUGUACAAUGGCUUUAACUUGAUAACAGCAGAUUUGAAGUCACCCCUGUGUUCUGUCUCUUGCAGGACCAACACUAUUAUCCUCAUCGAUGGAACGGGGCACGUCUCUUUCACAGAGCACACCAUGCUGCACUCUGACGUGAACCAGUGGAAAAUGAGCUCUUUCCAGUUCACACUCCUCCAGUGAGACCACGCUGUUGUCCUUUAGACUGGGGAACAUUUCUCUGAGUGAAAAUUUAUUAUAAAAAAAAACAAACAAACAAAAAAAAAAACAGCUUUAUGUGAAAUAAACUCGUAGAAUUUCAGAUGAUUUCUUUUGCAUUGCCAUCACACUGCAGUUCAAAUCUACUGAAUGAAGAGAUAUUAAGAUACCAAAGCUAGAAGCAGCUUGGUGCUUCAGCCAGACCAGUUACUAGGUCAUUGUGUUGCGCUCCUUAUGCUUCAGUAAAGCUGUAUAAGCACGCUCCCCACCGCAGAGGAGAUGGUGCAUCUUAUUAUUAAUGCCUUGGCAGGGAUCUCACUCCUGCACUCUCAAGUUCUCCUCCCUUCUGCACAUUAGAUUGUCCCUGGAUUCUUGAAAGCACUAAUUAUGUCCUCCUCUGUCUAAAGGUUACAGCACAGCUUGUCAGUGAGGGCAGAAGACAUUGCCGGCACAUAAUCGCAUCUGCAGCAGUAUUGUGGCAAUAUUUAUCUAACAAACCAAGUAGCUAGCAAACACUUUGCACAGGGUUAAAAAAAAAGAAAAACAUGGCGAUAAAUAAACACACAGCUGUAAUCCGGGAGAUGCCGAGAUGUGACCCCUGCAAUCCAAUUUACAACCUGAUUUUAACAUCAAUAGACCCCUUUAUGCACCCUGACACUGGCCAUGACAGGAGCUGAAACAUCCUGAUUGUGUUUUAGUUUUGGCUGUAAGGUCUCUGUGCAUGUGUUUCGCAGGCUGGUUGCUAUGAAGUUAGUCGGCCACUUUAUCAGUUCACAGCACAACAAUUAAACUUGACAUAUGGAAGAACCAACAAGAGGGCAACAGUAAGCUUGGACUUCCACUUUGGUUUAGAAAUGUGCCUUUGCACAGUAGAUGAUGCCUAUCUGAUUUACAUAUAUAAAGCAUUUUCACAGGGACGCUUUUGGCAGGUGGGAUCCUGCAGAUGGUUCAGGGUUGCUUUGCUCCACACCAGCAGUAAAGUGACCCUGUAUGUUUAGUGCUAUACCUGCCUCCUCAACACUCUCCACCUACACUGAGAUUCCAUGCAUAGGUAUGAUGUGAAGCGCUGUAUGUGCUUGUGAAGAGCAGGUUACUGAAGAUGAAAUGGAUUCCAUACCCAGCAGCAGUGUUUUAAUUAAGAGUCUUGGAGAGGGUGAAUGGGGGUGCAUGCUCCAGACCGUGGUUCAACGUGGAGCCAAAUGCAUUCCGGCGUUCUCCCGGCCUUCUCUUGAGCUUUUCGUUUCUGAGCUCCUCUCACGGCAUCGGACGUUUUAAUCAUUGCCUCUCCAGUCAUAUGUUAACAAAGCACCCAUAUUAAAUGCUUCCUGCUCAUUGCAAUGGGUAUUAUUUCCAGGCUGCAGUCGUUUGAAUAAGUGUUCCAUCAUCAUUUUUCAAUGUUUUCUUCUUUUCUCCCAUUUGGAGGUUAAGUGCAGUUCUGACCUUCGCGUAGCUUCAGCCUGAUUCAGCAUCUCUAUCAUCUCUUUUUUAGAUUAAAGAUGAAACACAUUCUGGAACAGAACUGAGCAGUUUGCACUGCCUCAGCUGAAUGCAGCCCUCGCAUCACACCAGCAGCACUGUAAUACAGGAGCACAGUUCCUCAUUUCCAGUCCACAUUGUUGUUUGUGCUCUUAACAAGCGUGUCGUACUGCUUUGGCCCAGUACACUCUGAUCGCUGUUUCUAGUGGGUGUGGACGCUGCUUAAGCAUUUCAAAGCUGUACUGUAAAUAGCACCAUCUGUUCUUGAGCCUCAGCUUUUGCACUAAGAGCAUUAUUGUGGAGUCACCCUUGUGCCAUAGAGGCAGGCGUAUGGCUUUCUCUCCUGCUCAAAGCACCUCCUCUCAUUGUUAUUUGUUUAACACAGACUGAUCAGCCAUUAGGGAACACUGUACUGUGUCAGAGGGCAUUUCAGAUUAAAAGCAGAAAACAAAACUACUGUACUUUGUCUCUUUUCAAGUCUUAGCUAUGCAUGUGCCAAAUACCAUCUCUGCAUGUGUGAUUGUGGUUCAUUCAUAGGGUUAAAUCAUUGUUGUAAUGGACCCUAUUAUACUGAUUCAUUUAGUUUAACACUGAUGAUACAUCUCUCCAAUAUUGCAAAAUAAAAUCAUUUGUUUCACGCAGAUUUCCUAAGGUGUUGCGCUAGUGCAAAGAUUGCACCUUCUCGAGUGCAAUCUAAUACUAACAGACUUGGAAUAUGAAUUGUACAGACAGUUGUUCUUAAUUAUUAUUUUUUGCUGAAGACAGUAGUGACCUUGAUUGCAUCCAGACCUGCUGCUGCUGCUCAUUUCCAUGCAGGGAUGCUUCUUGCUGUUUGGUUUUCUGGUUUUAACUUGCAAAGCUGUAGCCUGUUUAUUCUGGGGGGUUGCCAACGUUUACCAAGACACUGUGCAAGCCUAAUGCUUCAGUGUGUACCGGACUGACUAGACUGCAUAUCACCUGUGUUGAUGUUGUGAACUGGGAGAAGACGCGUUGGAUAAUAUCAUUGCACUCUGUUUGAUCGCUGAUUGCAGCUUGAUCAAACAAUUAAUCCUGGUGCUGUAGCUCGGAUCUGCACAGUGUCUCAACUAUGUGAUGUGUUAAUCCUGCUGCCUACGUAAUGCAAUCCUCUAGCAACAAAAACAGAUUCAAUUGUGGCAGCUCCCCAACAAGUUAAUGCAAAGAGGUGAUGAAUUCUGAUGUUUUAAAGAUUGCAUUCCAUCAACUGAAUGAAAAGUGAUGGGAAAACUGGGCUUUGCAUUUUAGGAUCUUCGGACACUGCCCCCUGGUGUCAAUAUUUAUUGCAGCAGCUUCUUGAGAACAAUGCCUCCAUCGGCCUCAGUUCAUCCACCUGCAACACACCACUGAUCUCAUAGGAGAGAAGAGUCACUUUUUCUGUUUCCACUGUGGGCGCUGUGAAUGACACACGUCCUUUUUUAGAUUAGAAAGUAAGAAAGGAACCUUGAUGUGGGUAUUGGUGUGCGAAGCAUUCGUAAAUGAAAAGGAAAGAUUUGUGUUGGAAGAAAAAGUUAUUUAAACCACUUUUAAAAUAGAGGUUUUAUGAUUUAUUUAUUUUUUUUAUAGACUUGAAGGAUUCACAAAGUAUUCAACCCACUACUAAAUGUGAUGCAUUUUUUUUUUGAGUAAAAGGAAGAUACAGAAAAACCAGGUUCUGUCUUAGCACUGGGUUAGGGCUCUGUGGGUUGGGGUGUCAUGGUUAGUGCCCAGUUCCCUUCUGUCUCCCUGUUGGUAUGCCCCAGUUCUCUUCACUCUCCCUGUUGGUAUGCCCCAGAUUUGCAGGCUGGCAGGUUCAGGGGUCUCAGUACAAAACUUGUGGGUAAAAGUACAAUAUUUUUUAAAGUAUUUAUAGAAAACUGAAUAGUUUUAACUGUGUUUUUAUUCUUAAUUGGUUUUCUAUUCUGCAUUUACAAAAGCUGUGGUUAAUAAUACUAAUAAUGUACAGGAUGUCGUGACUGUCUGUUCCUAUCGCUGCACCUGAAAGCACA